AUGAAUAAACAAAGCUUAUAAGAAUUUAAAGUAAAUAUCUGCUAAAACGCUUCAUGUUAAGUAAGAUAGGAUCAUGUUUUACCAUUAUAAUAAAUGAUAUAGUGUUAAUAUUAUCACAAUAAUAGUGACAAAAGAAGAAACAGUAAUAAUUAUAAGCCAAUAUACAUAUCUGAUUCAAAUAAUGAGGCGAAUGACUUUUGCAAUAAUAUUAUUGAAUAUUUGUAUCAUCCUCGAAUAUAUGGUACUCUGCCAUGCAAAUUUUAAAAAUCUUAGAAUUGCAAAGCUCAACAUUGUCCAUUUAAGCAUGAUGAAAAUUAUAUAAAAUAAGCAUUUCAAUACAAAAUAUUCACAAAAUUAAAUUAGAUCUUGGAGAGCAAAUCAAAGGAGAAUGAUUUAAUAUUUAAUUCUAAAAAAUACAUUCAACGAAUAGAGAUCGAUUAAUUUGAAGAUUUGAAACACGAGUUUAAACAAUUUAAGGAGAUUCGAAUGGAUUUGAUAAUGAAUUACAUAUGUGCUUUUUUGAACUCUUAAGGCGGAAUCUUAUAUAUAGGAAUCACAGAUAAAGGAAUAGCCUAAGGAAUCAAAAUGACAAGGAAGUAAAAGGACGACUUUCAAAUUGAAUUCGAUAACAUUCUGAGACACUUUGAUCCAAUCGUUCUACCAUAGUAAGUUGAAUUAAUGUUUGUUCCUAUUUACAAAGAUGAGCUAAUAAUGAUAUAGGAUUUAUUUGUUAUUGAGAUAAAAAUUAAUGUUGUAGAUAAAAAAUAAUUAUAUUUCACUAAUUAAAAUGAAGCCUAUAUCAAGAGAAACGCAACGAUUAAUUAGUUGAAGCCUAAAGAAAUAAAAGAUUUAGUACUUCUUAAGUUGAUGAGUUGA